UUGUAGCGUUGACCGACGCCAGUUUACACGAGAUGAGACCGCCGCCGAAGCCUGAAUUUCCAGGGGAGGAAAUGUUUUUCAUGACCCAGGAAGACGGUUCACAUGUGGAGCAACAUCAGGAGCCACGAGAGCGCAGGAACUUUCCAGAGACCUGGAUAUGGAUGGACAUCAACACAAAUAAUUCAGACACAGCAGAGAUGACUCUGACUGUACCAGACAGCAUCACAACCUGGACAGCCACCGCCUUCGUCAUGUCUGAGAACCUGGGCCUGGGCAUCGUAGAGGAGCCUGUAGAGCUCAGAGUGUCCCAGUUUUUCUUCAUCUCCCUUAACCUGCCGGCCUACAUCAUCCGAGGAGAGGAGCUGCUGCUGGAGGUCGUUCUGUUCAACUCCUACUCUAUAGACCUGGAGGUUGUGGUGAUUGUUGCAGAGAGUGAGAUUUUUGAGUUUGUGUACGUGGAUGAUGACGAGCUCUCCGUGCCCAAUGUUCGUGAGGUGACUGUGGGAUUGCAGAGCAGCGCGUCCAUCCUUGUUCCCAUCAAGCCGCUGGUCCUCGGAGAGAUACCCAUCUCUGUGACAGCCCUGUCGAUUGAUGCGUCUGACCGGGUCCUCAGGACGGUGCUCGUCAAGGCCGAAGGACUUGAGCAGUCUCACUCCACCUCGCUGCUGUUGGAGCUUUCUCCGUCGCAGCCGAGAAUAGUCAGAGACGUCAUGUUCAGCUUCCCGCCAGAUGUUGUGGAGGGCAGCGAGAGAGCUUCGGUGACGGCCGUCGGCGACAUCCUCGGGCCGUCCAUCAGCGGCCUGGACUCUCUGAUCCAGAUGCCGUACGGCUGCGGGGAGCAGAACAUGAUCAACUUUGCCCCGAACAUCUACGUCCUGCAGUACCUGAGCGCCGUGGGACAGACGGACCAGGAGACCACGGACAGAGCCACGAACCACAUGAUGACGGGUUAUGAGCGAGAGCUGACCUAUCAGAGAGCAGACGGCUCCUUCAGUGCCUUCGGAGACCAGGACUCAUCUGGAAGCACCUGGCUCACUGCGUUCGUGCUGAGGUGUUUCCUGCAGGCGCGGCCGUUCAUCAGCAUGGACGCCCACGUGCUGCAGACAGCGGCGGCCUGGUUAGCAGCCCAGCAGGGGGCCGACGGGGGAUCCGAGGAGCCCGGCCGGGUCAUCCACACCGAGCUCCAAGGAGGACUGGACGGCGUCGUCUCCCUCACAGCCUACAUCGUCAUCGCCCUGCUGGAAGACAGCGACAUCAAGGCUCAGUAUGGCAGCCAGGUGUCUGCAGCCCUGAUCUACCUGGAGACCCGUCUGUCUCUGGGCGUCUCCAGUAACUACAGCCUCAGCCUGCUCGCCUACGCUCUGGCUCUGUCCGACAGCUCCAACGCUGACCCGGCUCUCAGCGAGCUGCUUGGACGAGCUGAGAUGACAGAUGGCGUGCCGAUGUGGUCGUCCCCAGACGGCGGUCUGUCGUCGUCGUGGCAGCCUCGCUCUGCAGACAUUGAGAUGGCGUCCUACGUGCUGCUGACUCAGCAAAGACUAGGUCACGUCACCGAGGGGCUCAUCCUCAUGAAGUGGCUCAGCCAACAGCGGAACCACCUGGGGGGAUUCGGGAGCACUCAGGACACCGUCGUGGCUCUGCAGGCCUUGUCCGUGUUCGCAGCUCUCACGUCUCACAACUUUAACCUCGAGGUCAGAGUGAAGGCCUCGACCAGCGACGCCAUGACCACCGUCGCCUCGACCAGCGACGCCAUGACCACCGACGCCAUGACCACUGACACCUCGACCACCGACUCCUCGACCACCGACUCCUCGACUACCUUCGCCUCGACCACCGUCGCCUCCUUCCACAUCCGCCAGGACAACUACCUGCUCCACCAGAGCCGGCAGAUCGACCCAGAUGAGCUGAACCUGCAGGUGACUGCAGAAGGUCGGGGAUUCGCCCUGUUUCAGCUGAACGUGUUCUACAACAUCAGGAAUGACGGGACGAGGACGAGGACGAGGCGACACGCCGGCGAACACGAGGCGUUUUAUCUGUACGUCGAGCUGAUGGACACAGAAAUGAACUCAGCACAUCUGUACAUCUGCAGCAGGUAA